CAACGUCGAGUAAAACGGUGAAAAUGAAAUUUUUCGUGUGCGCCCUUCUCUGCCUGGCGGCCUCGGCCUCCGCCCGCGACAAGCGUGGAAUCUACGGCGAGCCCGGAGGCCUGCUGUCGCCCCUGAGCGCUCAUUCUCUCCACUCAGCGCCGAUCCUGAGCGCUCACUCCCUAGAGUCAGCGCCCAUUCUGAGCGCUCAUUCACCGCUGCUGAGCCACACACCGCUGUUGAGCGCUCACUCACUGUCUCCGUACGCUAGCGCCCAUUUACACUCCGCGCCUCUGCUAUCGUCAUCCCUCCAUUCUGCGCCUCAGCUUUCCUCUCACUCUCUCCCCUCCGCUCCUUUGUUCUCCGCUCACUCCCUACUCUCUGCCCCUCUCCACUCCGCUCAUUCUUCUCCUUUCCUCUCCUCUCACUCUCUCCACUCUGCCCCUCUCCUAUCCUCCCACUCUCUUCACUCCGCUCCUCUGCUCUCCCACUCUGCUCCUCAGCUCUCCCACUCCGCUCCUCUAAUCUCCCAUUCUGCUCCUCUGCUCUCUUCCCACUCCCUCCACUCAGCUCCUCUGCUUUCUUCCCACUCCCUCCACUCCGCCCCUCUCCUCUCCGCGCACUCCGCGCCCCAGAUCCACUCCUCCCCACUCCUCCACUCUGCCCCCCUGCAUACGUCCUUGCACGAACCCCUACACUCCGCCCAACUGAUCGCUGCCCCGAGGUACGCCGCUGGGUGGUAA